GGCAGGUAACAUUGUGUCCAUCUUCUGAUACAAGUUUAUUUCGUGCGCGGCACAUGUAAAUAUAACCUUAAGCCCACGAUUCCGGCAUUUUGAAAUGCUAAAUAUUUUCAGGGGCAAUGUUUUGCUUCAGCAUACCAUGAUUCUGAGGUUACUGCUAGGAGCAUCAUUAUUUGAGAUGACUCUUAUCUUGGGUAGAUAUUUCUUUUUUAGGCCAUGACGUUAAUAACAACUGGGACUCACAAGCAAAUUGCAUUAUGGCACCUUGGAUUGAACCCCAAUAUUGAUGGAAAGCUCUCAACGGAAAAGGUUUGGGAGAUGGAGUGGAACAUCAGUGGAAUGACACUAGCAACCACUGGAGGUGAUGGCGUGCCCACGUUUCUUCUUCUUCCCUGGCACAACCACCCUUUUAACUUGAAGGCUUGCAUGGAUGAUUACGGAGGGAUCGAACGUUGUGUUUUCACUGUCAACUCAAUCUCUGACCCAAUCAACAUCGAAGAACCACUGCAGCUAGAAGCACCCCAACCACAACCGGCUCAACCCCAACCUCCAAAAACACCAAACAGCUCCAGAGUUAGCUCACCAACAUGCUACAGCGACAUGGAAGAAGACGAAUCUGCACAGCCUCUGAAACACAAACAGAAGAAAGAAUAG